AAAUGAAAACAGCUUUAUCAUUAUUCUGUGUGUCAAUUCUUUGAUCCAUCGACUAAACUUUUGUCUCUAGAUCAAUUGAAUAGGUACUCGACUAGUUAUUGAAUUCUGUCUUUCGAUCGGUUAGAUUAAUCUUCCAAGAUGCCUGAUUAUUUGGGUGAUGAAAUGAGAAAGACAAAAAAAGAUGAACCAGAAAAAGAAGAGAAGGAAAUUAAAUCAUUGGAUGAAGAAGAUAUUGCAUUACUAAAAUCUUAUGGCCAAGGUCAAUGGACAAUUAAUGUGAAAAAUGUAGAGGAUGAUAUCCAAGGUAUCAUAAAACAUAUAAAUGAAUUAACUGGAAUCAAAGAAUCAGAUACUGGGUUAGCUCCUCCUGCAUUUUGGGAUUUAACUGCCGACAAACAAACUCUUCAAAAUGAACAACCAUUACAGGUGGCAAGGUGUACAAAAAUAAUAAAUGCUGAUUCAGAUGAUCCAAAGUAUAUAAUUAAUGUAAAACAGUUCGCAAAAUUUGUAGUUGAUCUCGCAGAUUCUGUUGCACCAACUGACAUUGAAGAAGGAAUGCGUGUUGGAGUGGAUCGUAAUAAGUAUCAAAUACAUAUUCCUUUACCUCCCAAAAUUGAUCCAACUGUUACUAUGAUGCAAGUAGAAGAAAAGCCUGAUGUCACUUAUUCAGAUGUUGGUGGAUGUAAAGAACAGAUAGAUAAACUACGAGAAGUUGUCGAAACUCCAUUAUUACACCCUGAAAAAUUUGUUAACUUGGGAAUUGAACCUCCCAAAGGAGUGUUAUUGUUUGGACCACCUGGAACCGGUAAAACUUUAUGUGCAAGAGCAGUUGCUAAUCGUACAGAUGCUUGUUUCAUUCGAGUAAUUGGUUCUGAAUUAGUUCAAAAAUAUGUUGGAGAGGGUGCACGUAUGGUACGAGAACUAUUUGAGAUGGCACGUAGUAAGAAAGCAUGUUUAAUAUUCUUUGAUGAAAUUGAUGCGAUUGGUGGUGCUCGUUUUGAUGAUGGUGCUGGUGGUGAUAAUGAAGUUCAACGAACUAUGUUGGAGCUUAUUAAUCAAUUGGAUGGAUUUGAUCCUAGAGGAAACAUCAAAGUUUUGAUGGCAACAAAUAGACCUGAUACAUUAGAUCCAGCAUUGAUGCGACCUGGACGUCUUGAUAGAAAAGUUGAAUUUGGGUUACCUGAUUUAGAAGGGCGUACUCAUAUUUUCAAUAUACAUGCUAGAGCUAUGAGUGUUGAACGUGAUAUUCGUUUUGAAUUAUUGGCUAGACUUUGUCCAAAUAGCACUGGAGCUGAAAUAAGGUCUGUAUGUACUGAGGCUGGUAUGUUUGCUAUCAGAGCUCGUAGAAAAGUAGCAACUGAAAAGGAUUUCCUAGAAGCUGUAAAUAAAGUUAUCAAAUCAUAUGCUAAGUUCUCUUCUACUCCACGUUAUAUGACAUAUAAUUAGUAUAAUAUUAAUUAAAUUUUUAUUUUGGUUUA